UUAAAUUAUAUUUUCAGAAAAAUGUUAAAAGAAAUUCUUCAAACUCUUCAGAUAGAAACGGAAGCUGAAGCUUUAAACCUUAUCCUUACAUUCAUCCUCUCAGGCUUAAUAGGUUAUGUUUGGAGCCACAGGGGUCAAGUAACUGGGACGGAGAAAGAAAAAGAAAAGGUAGAGGAUGGAGAAGGAUUAUCUGAACUCCAAGAUGGAGAUGUUUCCCUUCCAGGUUCAGAAUCUCUUCUCAAACUUAUUAAAGACCGAAGAUCAAUUAUGCCGAAGGAUUUGACGGGUGAGAUUUUAAGUGAUGAGACUAUAGAAUAUUUGCUGGAGGCGGGAAACUGGGCUCCCACCCACCAUAAAACCCAGCCCUGGAGAUAUAUAGUUAUAUCAGGACCUAACAAUAUUUUAGAUUAUCUUGACUUCAUAGAAAAGUGGUAUAGUGAUAACAGGGAGUUGGUAUCUGAAGAUGAAUUUCAAAAGUUUCAAGACAAGUAUAGUUCAAUGAGAGAAACUCUACCCGCCAAUGUGAGCCAUAUGCUUGUGAUUGGCAUGAAAAGACAAGCAUUGACUGACAAGCUACUGCCUGAAUGGGAGGAGAUUGCUGCAACCUCUUGUAGUGUACAGAACAUUCAUCUAGCGCUGACCGCUCUGCCCGGAUGUGGUGGGUUCUGGUCCUCUCAUACUUGGUGUAAACAUGCCCGGGAUAGUAAUCAGUUUAAGGAGUACCUGGGACUGGAGAGCGAGGAUCGUGUAUUCGGAGCAUUUAUUCUGGGUCGGAUCAGAGAUGGCGCUAAGUUUAAAUCUACCAGAGCGGAUUGGAGAAAUAAGGUUGUUUGGAGAACUGGAUCUUAGUACUUGUAGUUUAAAAAGUAAUUGUCAAGGCGGCGGUACAUACAUUUAAUUUGAUAUAAAUAACACAUGUAGUUUGGUAUAGAUAACACAUGUAAUUUGGUAUAGAUAACACAUUUAACACAUGUAAUUUGAUAGUAGCUAUGAGUAACCUGGUCAACGCCGGGUUCCCAAACUAAUAUGGUAUAAGUCAACUAAGAAUACUAGUCGAGGAAGUAUUAAUAUGUAAUAAUAACACCUCAUAUUCCAUCUUUCUUAAUGUUAUGUGAUUAUGUUUGGUGCAAGUUAUUAAGAAUAACUUCAAAUGUAUUUAAUUUUAGUUUUAAAUGAUCUCAUUCAAUAAUAUUUUUUGAUUUCAUUUGAUAGAUAAUAUUUUUGUUCGGAGAAAUUACUUUUAACAGUAACAAUUAGACCAAGUCAAUGUUGAAUUCAAUUUGUGAAAUACAGUUAUUCUGUGGUACUACACAAUUAUGUUUUAUUUCAAGAAUUUAGUUUUAAAACAUUGUUGUCAGAGUUAAUCCAAAUAUUAUAAUAAUUUUUAGACAAAAUAUCAAAUAUUAUUUAGUUAUUAUAUAUCAAAUAUUAUUCCAAUUAGGAAACAUUCCAGAAUUUUAAUAAUAAGUGGAAAUUUCUCUUUCUAUUAUGCUUCUAGAAAAUCUGUAUCCUCGCUCUCUACUUAACUAUAUUUCUCUUACCCCCCCCCCCAUCUCAUCGUUCCCCCUCCUCUCAGCUCUUCCGUGCUCCGCUACACUUCCGCUAUUUAUACGGAACUGUCAAACUGGUUUUUCAUAUUUGUUGGCACACUUUCAUGCAGUUAUAGAUGAAAUAUGAAAUUAAUAUUAAAUACUUAAAAGUAAUUCCUGUUUCUGUAAUAAGUCAAAAGAUAUGAUUUUUAUAUAUAUUUUUCUUAUUAUAUGUUCAAUUCUUUCAGA